UAACUAAUUCUUCUUCAUCAAGAGGAAAAGAAAAUAGGAACUCACUUUAUUAGAAAAAAGGUCAAAAAAGAGAGAAAAAAUGGAAUGGAGGAAGUGUUACUUGGAUGUACUAUUGGUGCCAUUAGGGUUUAUGAUAUGCAUGGGAUAUCAUGUUUGGUUGUGGCAUAAGGUUCGAACUCAACCUCUUAGUACUAUUAUUGGAACCAAUGCUAAUGGAAGGCGUUUGUGGGUUUCAGCCAUCAUGAAGGACAAUGAGAAGAAAAACAUCUUAGCAGUCCAAACACUGAGAAACACAAUUAUGGGAGCAACCUUAAUGGCCACAACAUCAAUCCUUCUGUGUUCUGGCCUUGCAGCUGUAAUAAGCAGCACUUAUAGUGUCAAAAAACCAUUAAAUGAUGUCAUUUAUGGGGCACAUGGUGAAUUCAUGGUGGCGCUAAAAUAUGUGACACUUUUACUACUUUUCCUGUUCGCAUUCCUUUGUCACACACUAUCAAUUAGGUUCAUAAACCAAGUGAAUUUCCUCAUCAAUUGCCCACAAGACAAUUUGGGAAUAGUGAGUCCAGAAUAUGUGUCAGAGUUAUUAGAAAAAGGAUUUACUUUGAACACUGUGGGCAAUAGGUUGUUCUAUGCAGCUUUGCCUCUAUUGCUUUGGAUUUUUGGGCCUGUGCUAGUGUUCUUGUGUUUUAUUACUAUGGUCCCUAUGUUUUAUAAUCUUGAUUUUGUGUGUUCCCAAGCAAAGGGUAAAAUGGACCCUUGUGAGAAUUGUAAUGGUGCUGAAAUUGUAUCUGUGUAAGAAAAGUGAUACUUGACUGAUGGGCUAUGUAUUAUUAUCAAUAUGAACGUUGUAAUUGAUAUAUAAUUGAACUUUGUCCAAUCCAUACUA